UGGACAAGCUGCUGCCGCGUGGCUGUGUUUGAAACCAUGACCCUCGCUCUUCGUCCUCACAACUUCUCCAAAUUUCCUUCUCAACUCUCCACUUGCGGUUUGGCUGCCAAGAAAAUUUCAGAAUUUUCCAUGGAGAAAGUGGAUUACUCAAAGCUAGAAGACAAAAGGGAUUCCAUGAGAGAAGCAGAAUGUGUGGGAAAGGAAGCAUGUGACUCUGAUUCAAUGAAAAUGAAGCGUCUUUCUGAUUAUAUAAUGCCUCACCUUCUUAACUUGUAUGGAUCUUGUGCCACAUCAUGCGACUUCGAAAUAUAUCAUGUGGAUGCUUCUUUUGAAGACCCACUCAUGUGUGCCCAUGGAGUGAAGCAGAUCAAAUCAGCAUUUUAUUCACUGUCUAAGGUUUUUAGUGAAUCAAGAAUUGUUGAAUAUAGUGUCACAGAGAAAGUAAUUUCAGAUGGAAAGCAAGAGAUAUUAAUUGACAACAAGCAACAUUACAAGUUCUUGGGGAGAAACAUAGAUAUGAUAUCACUGAUCAGGCUGUAUGUUGAGGAUGGGAAAGUUGUUCGUCAUGAAGAUUGGUGGGACAAAAAGCCUCUUCGGAACAGAGAAACAGUUAAUCUUCCACUUGUUGGCCGAAUUAUGGAACUUACUCGCAGAGGUUCAAUGCUAGCAACUCAUGCUUUGAUGGGUUUUGGGAAGGACCCAACAGGAUAAUAUCACUUCCAAAAUAUAGAAAGAAAUGUGUUAUACGCUGUAAGUCAAAUGCGUGCAUGAGUGUCGUGGAAGCAUAUUCUUAGUAGGUACAGUUCAAAGAUUUUUAGUGAUACGAGUUUAGCAUUUCCUUGGUGUCAGUUAUGUGAAUACAAAUAAGCAUAUCCAUGAGUUCAAUUUAAAAACCAUAUGGUGCCCAGAGACUUGCCUAAUAAUAAGUUGGUGAUCAUCAGGCUAUAACUCUGUACUUAUAAGAUUGAUUGCAUACAAGAAUCUGUCCUUAUAGUACAUUGAAAUCAUACUUUGCUGAUUGAAAACAUAUGGUACUACUUCUUAAUGAACAGUAUUCAGAAUAAGUAAUGUGACUGGAUGACUAAUGUUCCUGCUAUGAUACAGUCAACCAGAAGAAGCCUUUGGAUCUUUCA